GGCAGCGAGCUUUGGAGCUGCAGGGCGAGAUGUGGGCGGCGACAGUCCAAGCCGACUCAGCUACAGCGUUGGCAUCAGCGCGUGCGCGAAAGGCGUGCAGUGGCAGCGGGCUCUGUCGCUCAUCGGCGACAUGUACGCAGCCAAUCUUGAGGCCGGUGACGACAUCCGUGACAUUGUGGUCAGCGCGUGCGAGAGAGCCAAUUAACCCGGCUCUAACGUGAUAUUGGGGUCAGCGCGUGCGAGAAGGCUGUGUGCUUUGACCAGGGGGAUGGCUUCAGCUUGGUCCGAGCUUGGGAGUUCUGCUGGGACUCGGAGGCGCGGUGUCAGGGUCACAGCGGGCAAGCAAUUCAUCAGGCACGCCCGUCGACAUGCAAACACCAUCAAAAACAGCACUGGUAUCAGCGCGUGCAGCAAGGGCAAGCAGUGCCAGCCAGCUUUCACGCUGCGUAGCGAGAUGCGAGAAGCACAACAUUUGCCCGAUGUCAAGGCAUACAACAUCAGUGUAAACGCACGCGGGAAGGGUUAACCAUGCCAGCGGGCCGUGGUGCUGCUCAGCGAGAUUUGGAAGGCGAAGCUGGAGCCCACCGUCAUUCUUGGUUCACCUCGGAAUGGCAUCCGCAAAGACGAAGAGACAUUUCAUACAACUGUUGGGUACACGGAGCCAACAUAUGAUCAAGUCUGCUUUGCUGGGCAAGCGGCGCACUCGCAAAGCGUGUGCCCCAUCAGACUUCACGCCGUCUGGCGCCGUAGCCGCCAGAAGCGGGCUUGCAGCACAAACCAUGCGCGAUGUGGCUGUCUAGCUGUCACGGCCGAGGGUGCCGCCUCGCAGCACUGAGCCCGUGGACGACCUCCCGGCAACACACUGCAGAGCGAGCCCCAGCGGGCGUGUGCAACCCGGGCGGCCCGACCGUCGUCGUAAGGUUCCGCGUCGACGAGAACAGCACCCUCACCCCGCCUCUCGCGAUUCUGGUGGCCACCCUGACGGCGAGCACUCAGCAUGCCAUGGAUGUUCUUUCCGUCACUCAGUUGGGUGCGUCGUUUUUGGCACCCGAGCCCAGGUAUGUUCUGCGGGCUCUCGCUUCGACGUCACCUUGGCGUUCGCCUUGUUUUUCUCGCCAUCCUGCUGCGCCUUCUUCUCCACCGGCACCUCCUGGUAUCAUGGCUGUGGGAGCGGCUCCAAGAGGGGCAAGGGAGAGGGAGGGGCCUCCCUGGGUGGCAGGCCGUGCAGGGGUGCUUGUCUGGUCUCCCACCCCUUACUCCGCGUCUGCUCGGUGUCCCCCGUCUCACGCUCCACCGUUCCCCGAGUCCCGAG